AUGGAGGUCGUACCUAAGUCCGAGCCUCCCAUCGAGGGAUCGAUCAGUUCCGCCGUGUCGACGCCCGAAGCUGAAGGCGAGAUCCUGACGCAGGACGUGGCCCAGACGCAAAAGCGAAAGGGAGGAAGGAAACCUAUAUAUGCCACCUCCGAAGAACGUAAGCAACGCAAUCGCCAGGCCCAGGCUGCGUUUCGCGAACGUCGCACCGAGUACAUCCGCCAACUCGAAUCCACUAUCAAGCGCAAUGAAGACACCCUGCAGACCCUGCAACAAAAUCACCGCACGGCUGCUGACGAGUGUUUGAUGCUGCGCUAUAAGAACUCCCUCCUGGAGCGUAUCUUGCUGGAGAAAGGUAUCGAUGUCCAAGCGGAGUUGCGUCUGAAGGCCGCCACCCCCGGCGGCCCGGGGAAGCCCAACCCGAUGGCGGCCAAGCCGCCGUCGUUAGAGCGGGCGGCAAUGAAUCGAAACACGGCCCAGCGACAUCCGACCGGCAUCGCUCCCAAAGGAGAGCCGUUUGGCCUGUCACAGAACCGGGAUGGGGCAUACGGCAUCCCGUCGCCUCAAUAUCAAGGCACGCCCUCGUCGCACGUGUCCUCCCCGUCACAUGCCAAAUCCCCGGGCUUUGGAUUCCAGGGCGCCAUGUCGCCGGUGGGUGUCGAUCCGCAGCAGGCGCAACAGUCUCGGUCACAGAUGCUGUCGCAUUCUCGAAAUAUCAGCCAAGCAUCUCCCCCAAUGAGUGUCGCGCCGUCGGAGGCGAGCGAACCCAAGUCCGCCGUGGCGGGAACGGGGCCUCGCGCUGCCCGCGUGCCUUCCGCCUAUUAUCCGUCUCCAUUCCAAAAGCAUUAUGACCAACUCGAACAAGAGUAUGAUGCCCAAGCGGAUCUGAUCGACGACGAGCAUGAAUCGUCCGUCGGAGCCUCUCCGUAUGUGUCAGGCUUUAAUCCGGCAGCAUCGGUUCCCUCGGGCUCCCAUUCGAUGGGAGCUCAGGGCCUCGGCCACUUCAAUCCCCAUGGGGCGGAGGGAUCCAACGGCGCCUACAACAAUCCAAAUCAACUUCUGGGCAAUUACGAGCCCAUGUUAGAUGCAGAUCCCUUCGGUCUCAGUGCUAGCAUGCAUUUCCAGACCCCUUUCAGUUAUGAGCAAAAUAAUACGCGCCAUUAG